AUGGGCAUACUGCGUAGCUCAGAGAUGUCUCAAUCGCAUUAUGGGGAUCAUGAGCGCAAUCAUUGCUACGUAUGCGGAUACCGCAACCUCAGUUCCCAUCUUCCUCUGCGCAGCUCUAUACAUAGUCAUGGCCAUGGUUGCUGCUGCGUUCCCGUUCGAGCCUAUGGGAAGCAGGAGCUCAUAGAAUCAUAG